AUGGUCUUCUCCUCGAGCACUCGAGUCGCCGUUGUAAUGGCUGCACUCGCUGUCGGAGCCGACGCCGGCGCUCUUUCUACCGGCGUCUGCUACGCGCCGUGGCACCACAGCUCCGUCGACAGUUCUGUCGUCGGCCAGGAUAUGGCCGAGAUCGUGCAGUACUUUUCGAGUAUCCGCACGUUCCAGGCUCAAUUCAGCGGCGUCAACGUCAUCGAAGCUGCGGCCGCGGCCGGCCUCAAGGUUGCAGUCGGCGUGCAGCUGUCGGACUCGUCGGCCAUCGACUCGGAGAUCCAGGCCGUGUGUGACGGCUACAGCUCCAACCCGGAUGCAGUCGAAGCUGUCUACGUGGGCAAUGAGAACCUCCAGAACGGCAACUUUGGGUCGUUCAGUGCUGUCACGCUGGUCGGCUACAUCAACAAGGUCAGGGCCUGUGUCGGCAGCACGCCGGUCGGGUCGGUGCAGCGGAUCAACGAGUGGCUUAGUGCCGACGGUGCAGCGACGCUGGCCGGGGCGUCGGACGUCAUCGGCGUCAAUAUCUAUCCCUUCUUCACCGAGAGCGACCAGACUGCCGUCGAAAAGCUGGAGGCUCAGUGGGGCCAAAUGACGGCCAAGUACGACUCAAGCAAGCUUCACCUGACGGAGACGGGCUGGCCGUCGAGUGGCGAGAACUACGGCAGCAACGCGCCCUCGACUGAGAACAUGCAGCAGUAUCUGGACGACUACGUCACCUGGUCCAAGGGCGUGGGGCAGUCGUACUGGUUCAUGAUGUACGACACCACCACGAGCUAUACUGGCGCUGAGUACGAGAAGCACUUUGGAGUGUUUACUUCGGACGGAACAGUGAAGGUGACGAUCCCAGGCGGGGACGCCACUGCAGUGCAGCAGACCAACUCGACCUCGUCAUCGGUGGCCGCGGAUAUCAUUACGGAUGCCCCUGUUACGGAUGCUCCUGUCAUAACUGAGACUCCCGCGACGACGAUUCCUGUUGUCACCGAAGCCGCUACGACGGCUCCGGUUGUGGUAACCAAUGCCCCGACCUACACAAACGCACCAUCCACUGAUGGAUCGGCUCAAGCGGAGGUUGCUCCCGUCGCAACCACUGCGACUCCCACAGUCACUCCUGCUCCUGCUCCUGUCGUGAAGGGCUGCAAGGCUGCUUCAAAGUAG